GCUCGGGCUGAUGGCGGCGGCGGGCGGCCCCGGGACUGCGCUGUCCCCGCGGCCGUGCGACAGCGACCCGGCCACCCCUGGAGCGCAGUCCCCGAAGGAUGAUAAUGAAGAUAAUUCAAAUGAUGGGACCCAACCGUCCAAAAGGAGGCGAAUGGGCUCAGGAGAUAGCUCUAGGAGCUGUGACACUUCCAGUCAGGAUCUUGGCUUUAGCUACUAUCCAGCAGAAAAUUUGAUAGAGUACAAAUGGCCACCUGAUGAAACAGGAGAAUACUAUAUGCUUCAAGAACAAGUCAGUGAAUAUUUGGGUGUGACCUCCUUUAAACGGAAAUAUCCAGAUUUAGAGCGACGAGAUUUGUCUCAUAAGGAGAAACUGUACCUGAGAGAGCUAAAUGUCAUUACAGAAACACAGUGCACUCUAGGCUUAACAGCAUUGCGCAGUGAUGAAGUAAUUGAUUUAAUGAUAAAAGAAUAUCCAGCCAAACAUGCUGAAUAUUCUGUCAUUCUUCAAGAAAAAGAACGCCAACGAAUUACAGAUCACUAUAAAGAAUAUUCUCAAAUGCAACAACAGAAUACUCAGAAAGUUGAAGCCAGCAAAGUGCCUGAGUACAUUAAGAAAGCUGCCAAAAAAGCAGCUGAAUUUAACAGCAACUUAAACCGGGAACGUAUGGAAGAAAGAAGAGCUUAUUUUGACUUACAGACACAUGUUAUCCAGGUGCCUCAAGGGAAGUACAAAGUGUUGCCGACAGAGAGAACCAAAGUCAGUUCUUACCCGGUGGCCCUCAUCCCUGGACAGUUCCAGGAAUAUUACAAAAGGUACUCGCCAGAUGAACUGCGGUAUUUGCCAUUAAACACAGCGCUUUAUGAGCCCCCCCUGGAUCCUGAGCUCCCUGCUCUCGAUAGCGAUGGUGAUUCAGAUGAUGCUGAAGAUGGUCGAGGUGAUGAGAAACGGAAAAAUAAAGGCACUUCGGACAGCUCCUCUGGCAACGUGUCUGAGGGGGAAGGCCUUCCUGAAGGCCAGGAGGAGCCUCUGCAGGGAAGACAGAGGUCCAGGGACAAGGCUGCUCCUCCACGAAAAGAUGCUUCCAAACGUUCUGUACUGCCCAAGUCAGUUCCCGGGUACAAGCCAAAGGUCAUUCCAAAUGCUCUAUGUGGAAUUUGUCUGAAGGGUAAGGAGUCCAACAAGAAAGGGAAGGCUGAAUCACUUAUACACUGCUCCCAGUGUGAUAACAGUGGCCAUCCUUCUUGCCUGGAUAUGACCAUGGAGCUUGUUUCUAUGAUUAAGACCUACCCAUGGCAGUGUAUGGAGUGUAAGACUUGCAUUAUAUGUGGACAACCCCACCAUGAAGAAGAAAUGAUGUUCUGUGAUGUGUGUGACAGAGGUUAUCAUACUUUUUGUGUGGGCCUUGGUGCUAUUCCAUCAGACAAGCUGACUGAAGGACAAGUGAGAUAUCAGACUGCCUAUAAGUUUUGGAAGUAGAGCUCAGGGUAUAUCGAUUGAGCCAGUGUUCUACUGAAAUAGGUCGCUGGAUUUGUGACUGUUGUCAGCAAGCCCCCCCAACACCCAGGAAAGUGGGCAGAAGGGGGAAAAACAGCAAAGAGGGAUA